AUGUUCUUCAUUUCGCCUAGUGGUGAUUUGCAUGUAUCGUCGCUGGCGGUGUCACGCUUUCAAGUCUCGUGGUCGGACACCGAAACGGCGGUUACGGGCUUCCAGACACAUGCAGAUCAUCAUGCCAGCCUCCUUUGGGGAGAGCCGCUGCUGACGAACAUUGGGGACUUCGGCCUGCUGCUGACUGCACCUUCGACGGGGGCCGAGCUUUUUGCGGGUCGAUUGGACACCAGCGGCGUGCUGCAAGGUGAGACGUUUCAGGUUCCUGCAGCCAAUCGCUUCGCACAGUUUGGAAGCGGUGCUCUCCUUGUGGUCUUCGAGGAGCUGCUGCGCUUGGGGCGACGAAGAGAGGCCGGCGAUGCCGCCGAGCUGCUCUUGGGUCCUGCCGUUUCGCAGCCGGGUGCCGCUGUGGUGGCCAGUGCAAGGUUGGGUGGGAUCUACAAGGAAGCUGUCGUCAUUCUCUCCGAUGGUGUCCUGCUGGCUGCAGAUUACCAGUGCGAGGUUCCGGAGAGCACCCUGCUCCUGUACGACACCACGAACUGUGCGGGACGCGUGGAGGCGUCGCGCUGCGACCUCGGAUGCCACCAGGAAGCCGUGCCGGUGGAAGGCAUCGCACGGCCCACCGUGGUUUGUGCGAUGGAGGGUGGCACAUUUCUGCCGCGCGGCUGUCGCGCCAUGGCAUGCUUCCUGCCAGAUGUGGUGCCCGCGGGCUUCGAUGCGUCAGCUUGCCGAACUGAUGCUGGGCCACUGCGCGCUGAGGAUUGCCCAGUAGUUUGCCGCUCCGGCGCAGACGGCGCAGUGGCCAGCUGCUCUGUGGAUCAAGGUCGCUUCCAGCUUGCUGGCUGUGCCGAGGCUCGGUGUCGUCUGCCGGUCAACACUACAGGGUAUGAUGUUUCUCGGUGCAACACGGCUGCCGGACCGCUGCCCACUUAUCAGUGUAGUGUUGCCUGCGCUAUGGGCUUCGCGGUGCCAGUCGGCCAGAGUGUACAGGUGAACUGCGAGGAGGGCGAGCCAGAAUUCCGAUUUGGCGGGUGCCUUCCCCACUGUACGGCCCCGGUUGGCAUCACUCAUGCUCAAGACAUUUCCUGCGACGGCGGCAGUAUGGUGCCGCACCGCUCCAGCUGCAAUGCGGCUUGCGUCGAGGGCUACCAGCCGAUACCUGCAGAGCUGAGGUGUCAGCUUGGUUUCCUGAUCCCAGAGACUUUCGAGUGCAGAGAGGCUUCCUGCACCGUUCCCGGGAACAUCUCGAACGCCUAUGAUCCACCGUGCGAGGAGGGUUCGGUCCUGCUGUCCGGGACAACCUGCACGACACGCUGCCUUCAGGGCUAUGCGCCGGACGUGGCACAGCUCAGCUGCAGCAAAGGACAGCUCGACCCGGAGUCUUUCAGCUGUGCCGGCCUGCCUUGCGCCGCACCGACAGGGGACGAGGUAGCUCAGGGUGUCCGGCACCGACGGGCGCUGACGCCGCCGCCUCGACGUCUCGGUCGCCUGAGCCACUUGGGUGAAGAUGCACUGUCGGAAGAAGUCGAGGUCGCUCGCUGCCGCGACUAUUUGAAGGGCUUGACGGAUGAACGCGGGCUCGUUGCUUGCAGUGGCGGCAAUGGUGCAUCCAAUCGGAUGCCGAGUGGAAGUAAGGAGCCCAGCGACGCGGCUUUAGAUGCUCCUAAGGGCCCGUCGGAAGAGGUGAACGUUGGCAGCUUGGGCCACCCCAUUGCAUGCCGUCGCCCCUGUGUACACAUUGUACAGCGCCGUCAAUGCCAGAAUGGCAGCGCCUGCGACUAUUGUCACUUCCCACAUCCACUGGAGGUCAAGAUGAACAGGGAGCAGCGUGCCAUGGUCCAUCAGUUGCCGUAUGGCGACUUCUUGCAGGUCGUAUCCGAUGUGCUUAAGACGAGGGCAGGCGGUGUCGCUAAGCCGACCGUCUGGGAUGCCGUCCACCGCUUGGAGGAGGAAGCGCAGCUCGCAGGCAUGGUUGGAGCCCGGUCGGAUGUAAAGGCCAUGAAAAAGUUAAAGAAAGGCCUGAAGCAUCUCAAUAUUUUGAGUUUGCUUUCGUUGGCCAAGCGGAGAUGCCCGGACAAUGUCUGUGAGGAACUCACGCAGCUUGCUGCAGAGCUUCGCCUUCAGGCAUGA